UAUUACCCCAACAGUUCCAAUGUAACCAUGAGGGUGACCGCGACACCGUCCCAGCCGGACAUGCUAACUUUCGGCUUGCAGCUGUUGGGAGUUAUUGGCCUCGAUCCGCAUGUGCCAAUUACUCUGUCCAGAAGAAAAUUUUAUUCCAUAAUUAGUUUCGGGGUGUGCGUUAUAACCAUGGCGACACUACAAUUUUUAUGGAACCCGGAUAAGGUGCAAGCGUUCCACGACGGCGCGGAAAGCAUAAUAGGUACAUACCAGGUGGGUAACAGCGUCGUUGGCGGACAACUUUAGGCGAUUUCUUAGGUCUUUGUAAAAAUCAUUACUUUAUACUUCGGUCGGAAAAAACUGCGCAAGCUCAUAUCCAAAGUUUCUGAAUUCCAAGAUAUUGGAAAACUGGAAGGAAAACUAGGCAAAGAUUUGAGGGAAAUUCGGAAGAAAGUCAUAAAAGUCGCCAAGCUUUAUUUCAGAUUUUACUGUCUUGCUUUAGUGGUGUUUUGCUCGAGACCUUUGAUGGUGAAAGAAAAGAGGACCCUGCCGUUUCCGAUUUACGACUUUGCAAAUGUGUACGAGACGCCGAUGUACGAAAUCGUCUACUUCUUGGAGUGCUUUGGUGUUGGGAUUUUGGCGUUUGCAAUUCCAGGAUGGGACUUAUUAGUUUACUCUUUUGUCGCGUACAUUUACUGCGAGUUGGAGGUGGUGAAGCACGAAUUCCAAAGUUUGAAGGUAAACGAUGAGGGUGACCUGCAGGUCAAGUUUGCCGAAGUUGUCCGCCGACAUGAGUUCGUUUUGAGCUGUAUACCUGACCUCAAUUCGGCGUGCUCUAUAACGAUGCUAAACCAAUUUAUUACGCUUGUUGGUGCCAUUUGUGCGUCAAUGUAUGUACUCGCAGCGGCAGAGCAUAACAUUCCUCUUCAAGUGGAGCAGACGUUGAUCUUAAUCGGAGCCUCAGCGCAACUGUUUUGUGCAAGCUGUGCAGGAACCAUACUUACCGAUCAGAGUGAAUCAGUUGGCAUGGCAGUUUUCCACGCGCCCUUUUGGUUGGAGGCCCCCAUUACAAUUAAAAAACAGAUCGUGAUAAUCAUACAGAGAUCUCAAAAGUUCGAAGGUCUUUCAAUGGCUGGAAUGGGCGAUAUAAAUAUCUUCCUGUUUACAGAUAUCCUCAAGCUCAGUUUCUCCAUCGCCAAUGCAAUUUUGGCAAUGGAUGCUGGUAAAUCACAAUGAGGUUCGUCUACUAACACGGAAUUUGAUUUUCACGCGAGCGACAUCUGUUAAGAGUUUAUGUUGCACUCGUUUUAGACUCGUUG